ACAUUGCUGGAGCAAACCUUUUACAAACUCAGGGUUUAGAGAAUACUUUCCAUCCUAAUUCUGACUUAAUGUCAGGGGAUGAAAUCCAUGUGGUUAUAUGUGUCUGAUAUUCACAAUUUGUCCUAGUUUUUCUCUUCCUUUAGUAGUUGAACUUCCAGCACCUGAACUGGGCUCCCCCACCUCCAGUCAGUUAGAGUAACUUGGAUUCACUAGCUCUGGCUAGUGUCAUGCUGGGAGGGUGUAAAGUGCAAUUUCCCCUGAAGAUCUCCAUUACCAGUCUGGCCUGUGAAAGGGAGGAGUUGUUCUCUUCAGUGUCCUUACUUUUCAGAUCUCCCUGCUUAAUACAGGAUCUGUUUGUUGCCCAGGUGGAGUCAGUUCUUGAGCAGAAUGAGUUCAUCUCUCCUGCUCUCUAGGCCGCGUUCUGAAGAAGAGAAACCCAUUGCUGUCUUGUGGGGCUGCGAGCUGAACACGAGCACCAGGAGGUGCGUGGUGAUGGAAGAAGACGACUUCUUGGAACACCUGGUCUUAUUGAAAACAAUCUGUCUCAGUGCAGAGGCCAAGGACGAACCGCACGUGGUGGCAGUAGCUUCAAAAAACACCUACGGUGACAACAGGCCAGUGCCCAUCGCUUCACUGAGGCUCUCUGUCCUACCCAUGAUCAGUCUUGAUGGCUUUGAAUUUAUCCCUCCUGUUGCCUUUGAAUUAAAGUCUGGGACUGGGCCAGUUUAUCUCAAUGGACAACAUCUAAUCUUGGAAGAUGAUGCAGAAUACGAAGCCAGAGGAGGAUGGCUAGCAGAGGAGUCAUUAUCUUCAGCUGUUGUGGAAGAAAAUACAGACAGGUCUGCUGAAGCUGUCCAGCCCCGUGCUGCAGUGGGUGUGGAGUGUACCAGCAGGACUCUGCCCCUGGAAAACUUCAGACUCUAAGCCAGGCUGAACCGCCCUGGCAUGGUUUAACUCUGCUGUGGUAAAACUGCUGCAUCGCCUCACCUCCAGUGGCCUCUUCUUUCCCUUAUUAAACUUCCUUUGUUCCCCAAA